ACUUGGUUGUGACAUUUAAACCACCCGGACUUACGAGCGACAUAAGGGGCGCAACGCGCUUGCGCGCCUUUACAAGGUUACAGCAACAGGUCUGCGCGCCGCUACAAGGUUACAGCAACGGGUCUGCGCGCCGCUACGAGGUUACAGCAACGGGUCUGCGCGCCGCUACAAGGUUACAGCAACGGGUCUGCGCGCCGCUACGAGAUAAACCAACAAUGAAAGUACUCGCUGUCUUCGCGGCCGUCGUUGCCGUGGCAACCGCCGCCUACAGUCCGGUGGCUACCUGGACCCUGGAGGAGCUCAGUGCGGCCAUCAGCAACCCUGACACGGACCCUGCACAUGUACCCUACCUUGCUGCGGGCCUCAACACUAUUAUGGCUGGUCUUCACGCGGGUUCCCAACAGACGUCCGUGGUGAUCUCCAUGCCGAUCCAGCAGACAGUGACCCUUGACGAGCUCACCUCUGCACUGCAUGACCCCGCUACCCACCCCGCAAUUAUACCCUACCUCGAAGAAGCCCUCAACCAGCAUAUGCAGGACAUGUUCAACGGAGAAGAGGGAAACACGAUCGAGCUGAACAUCCCUGCUAUGGAAGUGAACAUCUGGUCCCUGGAUCAGCUUUCUCAGGCCAUCGAGAACCCUGAGACGGACCCUGAGCUGCUCAUCUACUUGCACCACGCCCUCAACCAGCUCAUGACUGACAUUUUCGCCGGCAAUAAUGUUCACGAAAUCGCCGUGAUCACACCUCCUGGUGUGAUAUCCACCGUCCCAGAGCCUGCCGUCACCCCUGAGGAGCCUAAGCCUCCGAUGCCAGUCUUUCCUCUCCCUGUGGAGACCCCUGGCCCUGAGAGUCCUCCGAUGCCAAUCUUCCCUAUUCCUGUGGAGACCCCUGGCCCUGAGAUACCAAUGCCAAUCUUCCCUCUCCCUGUGGAGACUCCUGGACCUAUAAACCCGAUACCCGUCUUCCCUGUCGUAGAACCCGAACCUGUAGCGCCCGUGGUACAGUCUAGUCCUCUUGUGCAGAUCAUCGUUAAUGUCAACGCUGCACAGCAAGCGCCUUCAGCCCCCGCGCCGGUCAUCACACCUGAGCCAGUAGUGGUGGGCCCAUCUCCCGCCAUAAUCGACUCCCUGCCCGAAGACCAGCACAUCCUCGCCAUUGGACCCUGGGCAUAAGCCUUACUUACUUAUAAUAUUCUAUAAUAUGUGGCCAUAGACAGUAAGAGAGAGAAAAUAUUACGAUCUAUAUAUUUUUAAAGAUACAUGCAGAUUUUAUAAAAUG